AUGCUUGUGAAGCACUCGACAGGUAACGUAGAUGUGACAACUUCAAGGAAACUGAAACAACAACAAGGUAACAAAUUCUGGUACCGCUAUAAUUUCGAUCAAGCAGAAAGUCAUCAUAAACGGAGCAUAGACGACUAUAAUCCGAAGCCAAAGAUCUAUGCAAGACCGGGUGGUAAGCUGUUGAAGCGUGUUGAGAAUUACUUACCGGUAUUGAAAAAGGUUUAUUUUCCGCCUUGGUGGUGUCCGUUUGGUGAUGUGCAAACGAUUGUGAGUGGUGCACUACGCAAGUGUCCUCAAUUACCUUUUGUAAGAGAAGUGAUUGAAUUCGCUGAUGGCGGUGCAUUGGGUAUCGACUGGUUACAUCCAAAUGAUUGUGAAGAUGAUGCACCAAUAAUUUUAUUUUUACCCGGAAUAACAGGUUCAACUCGUGAUUGCGCAUACAUACUGUAUCCAGCACAGGAAAUAUGUGCGCGUAAAUGGCGAACAGUCGUUUAUAAUCCUCGCGGACUUGGAGGGGUUCAUCUUCGCAAUAAGAUAGCAUACAAUUCAGUUCGUCAUCACGAUCUUGCUGAGGUUAUCCAGCGGAUCUCAUGUAAAUAUCCGAAAGCUAAAAUAAUUGGAUGUGGAUUCAGUAUGGGAGGGUUUGUUUACGAUCUUGGAUGUCUAAAGUGCUUUCUAGCGUUUUUGAUGGAUAUCUUAUUUAGAAUGGUGUUAUUCAAUUACCUGGCUACCUGUACUGCAGAAUCUGCUAUUCUAUGUGGUGCGCUCGUUGUCUCUGCCCCAUAUGAUCCAUCCUCGACUACUAACUCUUUAGAAGUAGCGAUUUCGACCACCAUUGUUUGCUCCUAUUAA